AUUGUUGAAAAGACUCAAUUUCCAUUGUUGGUGACUCCCCCAUCUCCCUUACCGGCUUUUUAGCGCAUCCUCUACGUGCUCCGCCGAACCAAUUCCGCCUGGCCGUGGCUGACAACAAUUCUGUCAUCGUGGAACUCCACGAUUCGCCGGUAAUUUAAUUAAAUUAUUCUCGGCUCAAAUGUGUAACUAGGACUUCAGAUUGCGACAGAAGUCUUCGUCUAACAAAUUAAUUUGAGUGUGCUUUUUUGAGUUGAAAAGGUGUCGCACACGCAACGUCACAAUGAAAGUGCGGUUGAGUUGGAUUUUCCUGGGACUUCUCUUAAUCACCAAUUUCAAUUUGAUAUCCGGAGAAGAAGACGAGGACUAUGGUGGUGACGAAGGCGACGAAGACGAAUAUGUUACGAUCGAGGAAGAGGAUGAACAAUCGAAACCAGCCUUAGCAGUUCCUGCAGAGGAAGAGGUGGAGGAGUACUACAGCCCCAUACCUGAUGGCAACUAUUACUUGCACGAAAACUUUGACGACCCCGACCUGUUCAAGGAACGGUGGGUCAGGUCAGAGGCCAAAAAGGAAGACACCGACGAUUUGAUAGCAAAGUACGACGGUGUGUGGAAAUUGGAGGAGGCUCAACGUGACCCUGUGACUGGCGACGAGGGUCUGGUGCUCAAAUCAAAGGCCAAACAUGCCGCCAUUGCUACCCUGUUGGACAAGCCGUUCUUGUUCAGUGACCGUCCGUUCGUUGUGCAGUACGAGGUCAACCUCCAAAAUGGCCAGGAGUGUGGUGGUGCCUACCUCAAGCUGCUCUCGUUGGACCCCAACCCGAAGACCAGGAAACCCAUCAAUCUGAAGGAGUUCCACGACAAAACGCCCUACACAAUCAUGUUUGGACCUGACAAGUGCGGAAAUGACAACAAGUUGCACUUCAUCUUCCGUCACAAGAACCCACUGAAUGGAUCAUUUGAAGAGAAGCACGCCAAAAAGCCCAAGGAGCGCAUCGAGGAGCCUUUCAAAGACAAACGUCCUCAUCUGUACACCCUAGUCAUCAACCCAGACAACUCUUUCUCAGUCAGCGUUGACCACAAAGUAGUCAACAAGGGAAGUCUCUUGGAAGACGUCAGCCCUCCAGUGAAUCCUCUUGCUGAGAUCGAUGAUCCUAACGACUUCAAGCCCAAUGAUUGGGACGAGAGGGAGAAGAUUCCUGAUCCAGAGGCUCGCAAACCUGACGAUUGGGACGAAGACGCACCUGCCCAGAUUCCUGACGAGACUGCCGAGAAGCCGAUCGGUUGGUUGGACGACGAACCUGAUAACAUUGCUGACCCUAACGCUGAAAAGCCUGAAGACUGGGAUGUCGACAUGGAUGGUGAAUGGGAAGCACCCUUGAUUCCUAACCCCAUGUGUGAAAGUGCUGCUGGUUGUGGGCAGUGGACCCGUCCUUUGAUUGACAACCCUAAUUACAAGGGCAAAUGGCGUCCCCCUCUGAUUGACAACCCCAACUAUAAGGGCAAGUGGCGCCCGCGCCGAAUCUCCAACCCUGACUACUUCGAAGACCUCCAGCCUUUCCUGAUGACCCCAAUUGGAGCUGUUGGUUUUGAACUGUGGUCAAUGAGUGACAACAUCAUGUUCGACAACCUCAUCAUCACAGACAGUCUGAUUGUUGCUGAGCAGUACGCAGCUGACUCGUUUGACAUCAAGCGAAUUAAACUCGACAAGCAAGCUCAAACGUGGUGGGGCAAAAUGAUGCGUAGAAUGAACUACAAACCAGGCUACUGGGGCAUUUACUUCAUCUACUGCUUGAUACCCAUCAGCUGUUACGUUUGGUACCUCUAUCGCAGGUCCAAGGAGGACACUCAAGCUGACGCCAAAAAAACUGACGCUCCUCAGCCAGAUGACGAGGAGGUCGAAGAGCCCAAAAAACCUGCAUCCAAGGGGCAACUAGAAACCCCAGUGAAUGGGGCGGGUGAUGCUGAAGAGGAGAAUGAAGAGGAAGGAAGCGGAGAGGAAGAUGAAGAAGAAGAAGAGGAGGAUGAGGAGGAGGCAGAGGAAUCUGAAGAUAAUAAAACUGAUGCCAAAGUGCCCACAACAACAGCCAGACAAAGACGGCCUAGAAAGGAGUAGCGCCUUCAAAGAUAAACUUGGUUCCUCCUGGCUUGAUUGUUUUGUUGUUACCUUUUACUUGUUUAAGUUUGCGAUGCUCUUAACUGAUUGAACAAUUUCCCGAAUAACAGAAUUGAAUGGACCAAGUCUUCAAAUAAUUAGCUCGAUUUGAAAUCAGCAAUAAAAUGGUUGGCGGCUGAAUUUGUAUAGGACGUUCAUUACGGUUAUGGUAAUGAUUCUGAACCAUAAUCGCUAGUAUUAAACUGCCCUCCAUUUUUGAUCACAAAACAUUUCAGAAUGUUUUACUUCUUGUUUUAAAAUUACCCCAAAAUCCAUAAAGAUAUCGCACCUUCGUAGCUGCCAAAUGGCGUCUCAUGAUAAUCAAAUAAUGAAUGUUGAAGGGUGGGUCGUCCUUCACUACGACGACCGUCAUUUAUAAAUUGAACUCGGUGAAAUUCAAGUGACCAUGUAUUUCUUAAUUUAUGCGAGAUUACGAGUAUUUUGGUGUACGUUGUGUUCCAAUGUGCUGUUGUGUGGCCAGGAACAGUUUGAUCUUCAAUUAUUAAUCCUCUGUUUGUUCAUACGAGUAAUUGAGUCGAUUUGAUGAAUACAUAAUUAAUUAUGAUACACACAUUUACCUGUCAUUUUUGCAUUUGCUACUGCAUCAUAUCGGUUUGCCAGUUUCGAGCUUGUUCUCAAAGUUGAAUUUGAUGUAGUGCUUAAGUAAUAAAGUCGUGUGCUGUUUAAA